AUGUCGUAUAACGAUAAUAAUCAUAAUUACUAUGAUCCGAAUCAACACGGGGCUGCUGGUGAUGAAGGUUAUUACCAGCAACAACCGUAUGAUGAUUUGAAUCAGCCUCAACAAGACUAUUAUGAUCCUAAUGUUCAAUAUCAACAGCAACCGUAUGAUAUGGACGGAUAUCAGGAUCAGUUCACCGGAGGUCAGCAGCUUCCUGGCCAACCUAUGGGUGGCUACAAUGCAGACCCAGAAGCCUUUUCUGACUUCAGUUACGGUGGACAAACUCCUGGUACUCCUGGGUACGAUCAGUAUGGUACACAAUACACGCCAUCACAAAUGAGUUACGGCGGCCCAAGAUCAUCGGGUGCCUCGACUCCUAUCUACGGCGGUGGUAUGGGUAGUUACGAUCCGACCCAAUUUCAAAUGUCUUCUAGUUUGCCUUACCCAGCUUGGUCUGCUGACCCUCAGGCUCCUAUAAAGAUCGAACACGUUGAGGAUAUCUUCAUUGACUUGACCAAUAAAUUCGGGUUCCAAAGAGAUUCUAUGAGAAACAUGUUCGAUUACUUCAUGACUUUGUUAGAUUCCAGGUCGUCAAGAAUGUCUCCAGCGCAAGCUUUAUUGAGUUUACACGCUGAUUAUAUUGGUGGUGAUAAUGCCAAUUAUAAAAAGUGGUUUUUUGCCUCUCAACAGGAUUUAGACGAUACUAUUGGUUUCAGCAAUAUGACUUUGGGUAAAGUUGGUAAAAAAGCUAGAAAGGCAUCUAAAAAAUCCAAGAAGGCUAGAAAAGCUGUUGAAGAGCACGGCCAAGAUAUGGAUGCAUUAGUAAAUGAGUUGGAAGGUGAUUAUUCUUUGGACGCUGCAGACGUCAGAUGGAGAGCCAAGAUGAACGCAUUAUCUCCCGAAGAAAGAGUCAGGGAUAUUGCCUUAUACUUGUUGUUAUGGGGUGAAGCUAAUCAAGUCCGGUUCACUCCAGAAACCAUUUGUUACAUUUAUAAGACUGCUUAUGAUUAUUUGUUAUCGCCUCAAUGUCAGCAAAGACAAGAACCAGUUCCUGAAGGUGAUUAUUUGAAUCGUGUUAUUACGCCUUUGUAUAGAUUCAUCAGAUCUCAAGUCUAUGAGAUUUACGAAGGUAGGUUUGUUAAGCGUGAAAAAGAUCACAAUAAAGUUAUUGGUUAUGAUGAUGUCAAUCAAUUAUUUUGGUACCCAGAAGGUAUUUCUAGAAUUAUUUGCGAAGAUGGCUCUAGAUUGGUUGAUAUUCCUCAAGAAGAACGUUAUUUAAAAUUGGGUGAAAUUGAAUGGUCAAAUGUUUUCUUUAAGACGUACAAGGAAAUUAGAACGUGGUUACAUUUUGUUACCAACUACAAUAGAAUAUGGGUUAUUCAUGGUACUGUUUACUGGAUGUACACAGCUUACAAUUCUCCAACUUUAUAUACUAAGAAUUAUGCUCAACCAUUAAACAACCAGCCUACUGCGUCUUCUAGAUGGGCAUCUGCUGCUAUCGGAGGUGUCCUUGCUUCCUUUAUUCAAAUUAUGGCCACUGUUUGCGAAUGGUUAUUUGUCCCAAGAGAAUGGGCAGGUGCUCAACAUUUAACCCGUCGUUUACUUUUCUUGAUUAUUAUUUUUAUUGUUAAUUUGGCUCCAGUAGUAUUUACUUUCUAUUAUGCGGGACUACAAACAGUUUCAAAGGCAGCACAUGCUGUUUCUAUCGUUGGUUUCUUUAUUGCUAUUGCCACGUUGCUUUUCUUUGCUGUUAUGCCUUUAGGUGGUUUAUUUACAUCGUAUUUGAAUAAGAGAUCAAGAAAAUAUGUGGCUUCUCAGACUUUCACGGCGAACUUCAAUAAAUUAAGAGGUUUAGAUAUGUGGAUGUCUUAUUUGGUUUGGGUUGCUGUUUUCGCUGCAAAGUUUGCAGAAUCUUAUUUCUUCUUAACUUUGUCUAUCAGAGAUCCAAUUAGAAUUUUGUCAACAACUACUAUGAGAUGUACUGGUGAAGUUUGGUUUAAAAACGAAUUAUGUAAACACCAAGCUAAAAUCGUCUUGGGUUUAAUUUAUGCGGUUGAUUUAUUAUUAUUCUUCUUAGAUACCUACAUGUGGUGGAUUAUUGUUAACUGUAUUUUUUCGGUUGGUCGUUCAUUCUACUUAGGUAUCUCCAUAUUGACCCCAUGGAGAAACAUUUUCACAAGAUUGCCUAAGAGAAUUUACUCAAAGAUUUUGGCUACUACUGAAAUGGAAAUUAAGUAUAAACCAAAGGUUUUAAUUUCUCAAAUCUGGAAUGCUAUUGUUAUUUCCAUGUACAGGGAACAUUUAUUAGCUAUUGAUCACGUCCAAAAGUUGUUAUAUCAUCAAGUUCCUUCUGAAGUCGAAGGUAAGCGUACCUUGAGAGCUCCAACUUUCUUUGUAUCCCAGGAUGAUAAUAACUUUGAUACUGAAUUUUUCCCUAGAAAUUCUGAAGCCGAGAGACGUAUUUCUUUCUUUGCUCAAUCAUUGGCUACUCCAAUCUUGGAACCAUUGCCUGUUGAUAAUAUGCCAACUUUCACCGUGUUUACUCCUCAUUAUUCUGAAAAAAUUUUAUUAUCCUUAAGAGAAAUUAUCAGAGAAGAUGAUCAAUUUUCAAGAGUUACCUUAUUGGAAUAUUUAAAACAAUUACAUCCAGUGGAAUGGGAAUGCUUUGUUAAGGAUACUAAAAUUUUAGCUGAAGAAACUGCAGCCUAUGAGAACGGCGAUGACCCUGAGAAGUUGUCUGAAGAUGGAUUGAAGUCUAAGAUUGAUGACUUACCAUUUUACUGUAUUGGUUUCAAAUCUGCUGCACCUGAAUAUACUUUAAGAACCCGUAUCUGGGCAUCUUUGAGAUCUCAAACUUUAUACCGUACCGUUUCUGGUUUUAUGAAUUACGCUAGAGCUAUUAAAUUAUUGUACCGUGUUGAAAAUCCAGAAUUGGUUCAGUAUUUUGGAGGCGAUCCUGAAGGCUUGGAAUUGGCAUUAGAAAAGAUGGCUAGAAGAAAGUUCAGAUUUAUUGUUUCUAUGCAAAGAUUAGCUAAGUUCAAAGAUGAUGAAAUGGAAAAUGCCGAAUUCUUAUUGAGAGCUUAUCCAGAUUUACAAAUUGCCUAUUUGGAUGAAGAACCAGCCUUGAGUGAGGAAGACGAACCAAGAGUAUACUCGGCUUUGAUUGAUGGUCAUUGUGAGAUGUUAGAAAAUGGUAGACGUCGUCCUAAGUUUAGAAUUCAAUUAUCUGGUAAUCCAAUUUUAGGUGAUGGUAAAGCUGAUAAUCAAAAUCAUGCUCUUAUUUUCCACCGUGGUGAGUAUAUUCAAUUGAUUGAUGCUAAUCAAGACAAUUACUUAGAAGAAUGUUUGAAGAUUAGAUCCGUGUUGUCUGAAUUUGAAGAAUUGAAUGUUGAACAUGUUAACCCAUACGCGCCAAACUUGAAGACUGAUGAAAGUAGUUCACAAUCUGCGCCUGUCGCUAUUUUAGGUGCUCGUGAAUAUAUUUUCUCUGAAAAUUCGGGUGUUUUAGGUGAUGUUGCUGCUGGUAAAGAACAAACAUUUGGUACUUUGUUCGCAAGAACUUUGGCCCAAAUCGGUGGUAAGUUACAUUAUGGACAUCCUGAUUUCUUGAAUGCUACUUUCAUGUUCACAAGAGGAGGUGUUGCUAAAGCUCAAAAGGGAUUACAUUUGAAUGAAGAUAUUUACGCUGGUAUGACUGCUAUCAUGAGAGGUGGUCGGAUCAAACAUUGUGAAUACUAUCAGUGCGGUAAAGGUAGAGAUAUGGGUUUCGGUUCUAUUUUGAAUUUCACAACGAAGAUUGGUGCUGGUAUGGGUGAACAGAUGUUGUCUCGUGAAUACUAUUACUUGUCUACUCAGUUGCCAUUAGAUCGUUUCUUAUCGUUCUACUAUGGCCAUCCAGGUUUCCACAUUAAUAAUAUGUUUAUUCAGUUAUCGUUGCAAGUUUUCAUGUUGGUGUUAGCUAAUUUGAAUGCUAUGGCUCAUGAAUCUAUCUUCUGUAUCUAUGAUAAAAAUAAGCCAGUCAAAGAUCUUUUGAUUCCAUAUGGUUGUUAUAAUUUUGACCCUGCUGUUGAUUGGAUUAGACGUUAUACCUUAUCUAUUUUCAUUGUUUUCUUUAUUUCUUUCAUUCCAUUAAUUGUCCAAGAAUUAAUUGAAAGAGGUAUAUGGAAAGCGGCUCAAAGAUUUGUUCGUCAUAUCCUUUCUUUGUCUCCGAUGUUUGAAGUGUUCGUUGCUCAGAUUUAUUCUUCGUCUUUAUUCACUGACUUGACAGUUGGUGGUGCUAGGUAUAUUUCCACUGGCAGAGGUUUUGCUACUUCACGUAUCCCAUUUUCAAUCUUGUAUUCGCGUUUUGCCGAUUCAUCUAUUUAUUUAGGUGCAAGAUCUAUGUUGAUUAUUAUAUUUGGGUCUGUUUCACACUGGCAAGCACCUUUGUUGUGGUUUUGGGCAUCGUUGUCUUCGCUAAUGUUCUCACCAUUCAUUUUCAAUCCACAUCAAUUCGCGUGGGAAGAUUUUUUCAUUGAUUACCGUGACUUUAUUAGAUGGUUAUCUCGUGGUAACACUAAAUGGCACAGAAACUCCUGGAUUGGUUAUGUUCGUCUUUCAAGAUCACGUAUUACUGGUUUCAAGCGUAAGAUAAUUGGUGAUGAAUCUGAGAAGAGUGCUGGUGAUGCUAGCAGAGCUCAUAGAUCGAAUGUCUUCUUCGCUGACUUCUUACCAUGCUUAAUAUAUACGGCCGCUUUGUUUGUUGCUUACACUUUUAUUAAUGCCCAAACAGGUGUUUACGAAGAUCCGAAGGAAGUCAAUUCUGUAUUAAGGCUUAUUAUCUGUGCUUUAGCCCCUGUUGUCAUUGACCUUGGAUGUUUGGCUGUUUGUCUUGGUAUGGCUUGUUGUGCAGGUCCAUUACUAGGUAUGUGCUGUAAGAAGACUGGUGCUGUUAUUGCUGGUGUUGCACACGGUGUCGCAGUUAUUGUCAACUUGGUUUUCUUCGUUGUUAUGUGGGUUUUAGAAGGUUUCGUUUUUGCAAGAAUGUUGUUGGGUGUUAUUACUAUGAUUUACAUUCAAAGAUUAUUAUUCAAAUUCUUAACCUUAUGUUUCUUGACAAGAGAAUUUAAGAAUGACAAAGCAAACACUGCCUUCUGGACUGGUAAGUGGUAUGGUUCUGGUUUAGGUUACAUGGCCUGGACUCAACCGGCUCGUGAAUUCUGUGCAAAGACCAUUGAAAUGUCUGAAUUUGCAGGUGAUUUUAUCUUGGCGCAUGUCAUCUUAUUCUGUCAAUUGCCAAUUUUAUGUAUUCCAUUAAUUGAUAGAUGGCAUUCAACUAUGUUGUUCUGGUUAAAGCCUUCAAGAUUAAUCAGACCUCCAAUUUAUUCAUUAAAGCAAGCUAGAUUAAGAAAGAGAAUGGUUAGAAAGUACUGUACUUUAUAUUUUGCUGUGUUAGUAUUAUUCUGUGUUGUCAUUAUUGGUCCAGCUGUUGCUUCUGGACAAGUAGGUGAUAUUGAGCCAUCAGGAUUGGAGAGUGGUGCAUUCCAAGGCUUAUUUCAACCAAGGCACAAGAAGAACAAUGAUACAGGUAAAGGAGCUAGUAGCUAUGCAUCUACUACAUACACCUAUUACAGUUUCACACCAAGCACCCAAAAGACAGCCUUCGCAACUAAGGCUUAA